AUGGAGAUCUCUUGGCGCAACCUGAAGACCCGUACAGCCAAGAAGGAGGGCAUCGCCGUCUACCUGACCCAUGACCUCAGCAUGCUGCGCCUCAUCGAGACGUUCUCAGAGAGCGCUCCUCAGCUGACCCUCAUGAUCACCGUCAUCUUGCAGAGGGAGGACGUGGAGUGGGUCACAGGUCUUAAGACUGUGGUCUCAUUUGCUGCCAUCUCUAUCAGCCUGGUCAUGUACCACCGUUCCAUGCGCUCCUUCCACAAGGACAAGGCCCAGAUGACGGUGACCUCAUCUCUGGUCUACUUCCUGUGGAACUUACUCUUAAUUGCCCCACGUGUGGCAGCAAUAGCCCUGUUUGCCUCUAUCCUGCCCCUCGGUAUGAUUGCAGUCCACUUCAUCUGCCUGUGGCUCGCACUGUUCCUCUGGGCCUGGCGUCAGAAAACGGACUUCAUGGACUCCCUGGCCGGGGAAUGGCUCUACCGGGCCACCGUAGCUCUCAUUUGGUACUUCAGCUGGAUCAAUGUUUCCCGGGGCGGCUCCAGACGAAGGAGCAUCAUCUAUCAUUCCAUGAUAGCAGUGGACAUUAUGCUCCUGCUGGGGCUGUGGUGGUGGUGGAAUAGCGACCAGGAUCCGUCUAUAUUCGGUAUGCCAGCUCUGGCAGUGUUUAUUUCAGUGGGUGGAUCCUACACAGUAGGAAUCCUCGGGAAGAUAGUGUACUACAAAAUAUUUCAUCCUAACAAAACAGCCACUGAAGAGUCUGGAGACAAUGAAAAGGCACCUGCUUACUUAGGUAUGGAUGAGGUGGACACUCCUUUUUCAGUUGAGGUGCAUUCACCCUCACCCCAACCCCCACCGAGGCCUUUGACUGGGGCCCAGAAGAGGAUGCAGAAACUGGCUGACAAUUUUUUCUCAUAGCACUGGAAGAUUCGUUUUUGAGCAGCAAGAAGACAUACUAGACACAUUUCAUUACAGUGCUGCAAUGAACAGUUUCUUAUUUUUUAUUUAUAUUAUACAUAGCUUUAAUUAUAGUAUAUUUCAGAUAUAUUAGUGUUUACAAAAUCAUAAUUUACUGUUAUUUUUUUUUUUUUUUUAACUUAACAACCCUUGAAAAAAAUAAGCACCUAAGGGGUAUUCUAUGAAUACUGUGGGUCUCUCUUUCGUUUCAUCAUAUUUUCAUUUAAUCACUUUGUUACCAGAUUCUGCUGGAUCAUCUCCUGUGUAAAAAUGUUCCUUUGACAAAUAAAGCUGAAUUAAUGUGUAUUAUAUUUAUUAUAUCAUAUUAUCUGUAGUUCACAUAUAAACAUUAAGCACUGACAUCAUACAUGUAGACUCACAUGCCUAUGAAUUCAGUUCUUAACAGUCCCACCCAAACCAUUCAAAAUACAGUAUGAUCAAUUGGCUACAUUACGUUACUUCUAUCUUUGGCUGGUCAAAUGUGCUCUACCUCAAAACAAACAUUUGGUUUCCCUCCCUCAAACUUAAGGCCCCGUCACACCAUAACGUUCUGGUCAACGUUCUAUGACGUUAGAGGAAACGUGGGUAAUCGUCCAUGGUCGCUGGUAUAGCGCAGAAGAGCGUUGUGUGGAUGCUGGUGACGCUGGUAAUCGUUGUGAUCGGCGGAGAACGCUGGUCCAAAAAAAUAGUUUUGAACAUGCACAAAAGUUCUCAUGGAGACCAGUGUUCUUUAACGUUUAAUUUUAAACGCUGGAUAACGCUGAAGAACGUUUGACUAACGUUGCACGUGUUUGGCUAUCGUUAGCCAGUCGUUACCCUAGCGUUACUUGGUUGUUAUUAAUCUUUUGCUUUGCAGUGAACGACUCACU